AUGAUAUCAACUUAAGAGAAUAAUAUAAAAGUAUGGAAUUUUACUAAUGGAAAAAUUAAUUUAAUAACAACUUUGUAGGGACAUACUGAUAAUGUUUCAUGUUUAAUUUAUAGUAAAAAAAUAAAUUCUUUUAUUUCUGGUGAUAAAACAAUGAGAUGUUGGAAAAAAGAGAAGCAAAAUGAAUGGAAAAGUUCAAAACCUUAUUUAUAACAUACAAAUAUUAUCAUAUGUUUUAUAUUGAACUACUCUUUUCUGGAAGUAGAGAUAAAUCAAUUAAAGUAUGGAAAGUUAAUUUUAAUAAAAAUGAAUUAACUAAUCUAUAUUCAUUGUAGAAACAUAAUAAUUGUGUUACAGGAAUAAGUUUAAAUUAAUCAGAAAUUUUAUUAGUAUCUUGUGCAGAUGAUAAGAAUUAAAUUAUUAUUUGAGAAAGAAGACAAUAAGAUAAGUUUGAAUUCAAAUCUUUUGUUAAAUAGUCAAUCGAAACAGAAGGAUAAAAAGUAAAUUUUGUUAGAGAGAAUUAAUUUAUUUGGGUUAGUGCUAUUAAAGAAAUAGAUAAAUUAUAUGUAUUUGAAUUAAAAGAAGGCUACUUUUAAGAAAAUUAGAAGAAAACACUUCAAUUAAUUACAAAUAAUUAAAAAUUUGAUGAUUAUCGAUUUCCAAUUAUUUUUAAUACAGUAAGGAAUUUUAUCUUAAAACAUACAUUUAUUUGAUUGA